AUGUUGCUUAGGCAUCCUCCAAAAAAUAAAAUUCCAGCAAAAAUGAAUAAUAGACUGAUGGUAUGUGAAUCUACAGCGGAUGAUAAUUCUGUUGUUUAAUUGUGUCAAGAUAAGUUGAAUGAAUUGAAAUUAUUUAAAGGAGAUAUGGUUUUAUUGGAAGGGAAAAACAAUAAGAAAACAGUAGCAAUAGCAAUUUCAAACCGAUAGGAUAAAGAAUCAGUCCAUAUGAAUUCAGUUAUUAGAAAGAACUUAGGGAUUUAAAUUGGUGAUUUUAUUACAAUUUAACCAACAGCAUCUCUGCCUUAAUUAACUAAAGUUCACAUACUACCAUUCCAAGAUUCAAUUUCAGGAACAAAUGAGAAAAACCUCACUUAGAAUUAUUUAAUUCCAUAUUUUUUGGAUGCUUAUCGACCUGUUUCAAAAGGGGAUUGUUUUGUUGUCAAGAUGGCUAAGGAAAUAGAGUUCAAAAUUAUUGCAACAGAACCAGAAGAUAUGGGAGUGGUUGGACCUAUUACUAUUUUGUACACUGAAGGAGGAACAGUCAAAAGAGAAAUUGAAAAUAAAGAACAAUUUGAUAAUUAAAAUGGUUAUGCAAAUAUUGGGGGAAUGAAUAAGCAAUUAACAAUAAUCAAAACAAUUGUUGAAUUAUAGUUAAGGAAUCCUUCAAUUUUAAAAGCAUCAGGAUUAUAAACUAUUAAUGGAUUAUUGAUAUCUGGAGCAUCUGGAUCUGGAAAGACAUUAAUUGUCAAAGCUUUGGCUAUUGAAACAGGUGCAAACAUAUAUUUUCUCAAUGGAUCUGAACUAGUAAGUAGAAAACAAGAGGAGGCAGAGAAUAUAGUUAAAAAGGUAUUUGAACUUGCAGAGACAAAUACACCUGCUAUUAUACUCAUACAAGAUAUUGAUUGUAUAGCUAUAAAAAAAGGUGAGGGUAAAUCUUAGAUGGAUAGAAGACUGCUGUCUUAAUUAGUAACGAUAAUGGAUCACUUAUAAGGAGUUGAAAAGUUAAUUGUUAUCGGGGAAACAAAUCAACCUGAUUGCAUUGAUCCAGCAUUAAAGAGGUUUGAUAGAUUCGAUAAAGAAAUAGAACUUGGAGUACCGAAUGAAGAGGAAAGAAUGGAGAUCUUAAAAAUACACACUAAAAAAAUGAAAUUGGCUUAAGAUAUUGAUUUAGCAUAUAUUGCCAAAGCUACUAUAGGGUUUGUUGGUGGGGAUAUUGCUGCACUUUGUAAAUAAAGUGUUUUAUAGUGCUUAAAAGAUAAAAUGGAUUAUCUAAAUAUAGAUAAUCAAUAAUUGGAUGAUAUGACCUAAGAAAUCAUUACGGUUACAAAUGAAAAUUUCAUCAGUGCAUUAAGAACAAUGAAACUCAAUGAUUUAAAUAAGUAUUCUAUUGAAGUACCUAAUUUGAGAUGGAAAGAUAUUGGAGAUCUAUAGGACAUUAAAAAGUAGCUUCAAGAAAUAGUUGCUUUGAAACAAAACUAUUCAAAAGGUUUGAAAUAAUUUGGGUUGCAAUUAUCCAAAAACAUUAUACUAUAUGGUCCUUCCGGAUGUCGUAAGAAGUCUCUAGCUAAAGCUUUGGCAGGUGAAAAUUCUAUGAAUUUCAUAUAAAUUAAGAGACCUUUGUCAAGUCAAUAUUUAAAGGAGAUAUUUAGUGCAGCAAAACAAUAAUAACCUUGCAUUUUAUUAUUUGAUUAAUUCGACUUAUUUUUCAGAAAAUAGAGUUCUGAUGAUAUACAAGAUGCUCAGCUUAAUUAGCUAUUCAUUAGUGAAUUGGAUAAUGUCCUUAAUGAAGACAAUCUAUUCUUUAUAGGAAUAUCCAAUAAGCCAGACAUCUAAGAUGAUAUUAGAUUAAAAGAGAGAUUCAAUUAUUUUAUCUAUGUUGGAUUACCAGAAUUUCAAGCAAGGAUAAUUGAAUUCAAAAUUAAUUUAAAAAAUACUCCAAUUUCUUAAGAUGUGGAUUUAAAUUCCCUUGCUUAAUUUACUGAUGGUUUCUCAUGUUAUGAUAUAAAAUAAAUUUGUUAAAAUGCUAAAAAGGCUGCUUUGAAAGAAAUUUAGAUGAUUGAUGCAUAAGAAAACGCAAAAGGCACAUCCAAAAAUUACUAAUAAUUAGAUUCUUUUCCUCAAAUUACAAGAUAGCAUUUCGAAACUUCAUUAUAAUAAACUUAAAAGUCAUACACUUAUCAUCAAAUUUCAUAAAUCUAAGGUUUUCAAAAAUCACUUGUUUAGUAAUAAAAAUCCAAUAAAGCCGAUUUCAAAUUCUAAUGGCCUCUAACAACUUCGAAAGAAAAUCAGAUGGAAGAGAUUGAAGAAUAAAUUUCCUGA